ACUCGCUUGGUGGUGACGGUGGCGGUUGGAGCGGUGUUUGUGGGGUUUGUUUGGGGAGUCGUGACCUUGGCUGGAUGACGGCGAGGGCGUGCUAAUUGGAUGCAAGGAGUGGCAUGUCAUUGUGGUAUACAGUGGGGAACUUUGCCGGCAAGGUGACUGUAGAAGACUGGUCCGCGUCAGUGUGGCUACUUGCUAGGCUUACGGCGUCUACUGAAGCAUGAUGAUGAAGCAGUGGCGCUAUUACGAGAGCUUGGAUGUGGAGGACGGUCUCAGCGCUCGUUUGUAACCGUGCAAAGUGAUCGCCGUAUUCCUGUCUCCUCCGAGUGACCAGCCCGCCUCGUCCGACCACCACCGUCCGCGGACCAAAGCCACCGUGUUCCGGUGUUUGCUGCCGCCGCGCGGUCAGCGGGCCGGACAAAUUAGAGUGGCCACUUUCUCCGCGGCGUGUGCCCGGGGACGCGGCCAAGCGUGGCAGCCCCACGGCCCGGCGCCGCUCCGGCUGUGCGCGGCUCAGUGCCGACUGUCCGCGCCGUGGCUCCGCCCGGCUCCUGGCUCCCCGUGGCUCCGCCCGGCUCCUGGCUCCCCGGGGCUCCGUCUGGCUCCGUGUGUGUGUGGUUAAGCUCCCGUUGGCUUGGCUCCGUCCGGUGUGUUUGGUGCAGUGAUUCGAUUGUCACUGGUGUGACCUCUGGUGACCUCGGCCGGUGACCGUGACGGCUCAUUGAGAGCGGCGAGUGACGCUAGCGCAGACAACUGGCUGGUCUAAUAGUGCAACUUCUGGAUUCCCAGCAUGGGUAACGUCAUCUCCUGCAAGCGGAAGCCGUCGACGGUGCUGGCGCCGGCCACGGCGGACAUCGCUCUGAUCGGUCUGGCCGUGAUGGGCCAGAACAUCAUCCUCAACAUGAACGACCACGGCUUCGUCGUGUGCGCCUACAACCGCACGGUGGCCAAGGUGGACCAGUUCCUGGCCAACGAGGCCAAGGGCACCAACAUCAUCGGCGCCCACAGCAUGAAGGAGAUGGUUGACUCACUGAAGAAGCCGCGACGCGUCAUGAUGCUUGUCAAAGCCGGCUCGGCAGUGGACGCGUUCAUCGACCAGCUGAUCCCUCUGCUGGAGAAGGGAGACAUCAUCAUCGACGGCGGAAACUCCGAGUACCAGGACACGCGCCGGCGCUGCCAGCGUCUGGCCGAGCUCGGCCUGCUCUAUGUCGGCUCCGGGGUGUCCGGCGGCGAGGAGGGCGCGCGCUAUGGGCCCUCGCUGAUGCCCGGAGGCCACCCGGCCGCUUGGCCGCAUAUCAAACCCAUCUUCCAGGCGAUCGCGGCCAAGUCCGGUUCGGACCCGUGCUGCGACUGGGUGGGUGAGGACGGCGCCGGGCACUUCGUCAAGAUGGUCCACAACGGCAUCGAGUACGGCGACAUGCAGCUCAUCUGCGAGGCCUACCACCUGAUGCGCGACUCGCUCGGAAUGAACCACGACGAAAUGAGUCAGGUUCUGAGCGAGUGGAACAGCGGCGAGCUGGACUCGUUCCUGAUCGAGAUCACGGCCAACAUCCUCAAGUACAAGGACUCGGACGGCCAGCCGCUGCUGGAGAAGAUCCGUGACGCCGCCGGCCAGAAGGGCACCGGCAAGUGGACGGCCAUCUCGGCGCUGGACUACGGCGUGCCCGUCACGCUGAUCGGCGAGUCGGUGUUCGCGCGCUGUCUGUCCAGCCUCAAAGACGAGCGGGUGACCGCCUCCAAGCACCUCAAGGGACCGGAGAACGCCAAAUUCAGCGGAGACAAGAAGGAGUUUAUCGAGCAGAUCCGGCAGGCUCUGUACGCCUCCAAGAUUGUGUCGUACGCGCAGGGCUUCAUGCUGAUGCGCGAGGCGGCCAAGCUGUUCAACUGGAACCUCAACUACGGCGGCAUCGCGCUCAUGUGGCGUGGCGGCUGCAUCAUCCGCAGCGUGUUCCUCGGCAACAUCAAAGAGGCGUUCGACAAGCAGCCAGACCUCUCCAACCUACUGCUGGACGACUUUUUCCGCGAGGCCAUCCACCGCUCUCAGUCGGCCUGGCGCGAGGUGGUGGCCACGGCCGUCCGGCUCGGCGUGCCCACCCCCUGCUUCAGCACGGCGUUGGCCUUCUACGACGGAUUCCGCUCGGAGCGUCUGCCGGCCAACCUGCUGCAGGCUCAGCGGGACUACUUCGGCGCUCACACGUACGAGCUACUCAGCGAGCCGGGGAAGUUUGUCCACACCAACUGGACGGGCACCGGGGGCAAUGUGUCCGCCUCCACCUACCAGGCCUAAAGAGCGGAGGGGAGAGCAGGGAGGGGAGGGAGAGUGGUGUGAGGUGGCAGAGCGGCUGCGGCGCCCGGUGGAGGGGUAGAGGGAGAGCAGAGAGCUUGGCGGCCAGGAAGAGGGAAGGAGGCGCCUGAGAUGAAAUCACGGCUGGUUGGAACUUGACGGAACACGGCUGGUGCAUGUCUGGAAUGUUAUGCGACGGACGAGGGAGUUGGGAGGGUGAGGGUUGUAUGAUUUCUUUGUUAGAUGCGAGCUGGAUGGUUUUACGUUCAGCCUAUGCCCAUUUCAGAGCAGGGCUCAGUAAAGUAAGAUAUAUUUGGCUCAAGCCACUGCCCGAGAAACUAACUGAACGACUCAGAUGUUGAGUCUGACUUGUUUGUACCGUUCGUUUUCUCCAUUUCCACACAUUCCAAUCCGACCCGCCGUUCCUACGCCCCCUCUCGGUGUCUAUCUCGUGUCUGUUGUCGCUGGGGCAGCCUGUCACCCUCCUCCGUGACAUUUCUGACGGAGCCGCCACCGCUCGGCGACCGGUGUCGGUUGUUGUUCUCCCGCUCCUGGUUGUGAGGCCGGCGCGUUGUUGACUGCUGUAUCGCGAUAUACUCGGAUUGGUGCUCUGUCGAUGGGAGGACGGUCUCACGUGAUCUUUCUGUUUCGCUCGCGCGGUCUGUCCUUACCGUGAAGUGCGCGUGGUGUGUGCACGGCCGUUUGGUGAGGUCUGUUAGUUGGAGACGCCGCGAACAAAGUUAUUAUGAAAUGAUAUAAAGAUGGUCUAUUGUAUGAGGAUGCAGGACCAAUAUUGAGAUGUCCUCAAACGAAAUGAAUAAAUAUUUGUAAAACUCG